GUUAAUGUCAAGAAAUUGAACAUCAGUGUGUGUUUAUGUCAUCUCCCGCGCAAAAACGUUAAGAGUUUAAUGAUAUUUAUUAUUUAAUUUUUCCAACUGAAGAUAAUAUUUUAACAUCUGAAUGUUUGUUAUUAAAACGUUAUGGGUACAAUAGAGAUCACAUUUCCGUUUGGUGGGCAACCAGGAAAAAUAUUGAAAUGGAGAGUUCGAAUGGAUACGAUGGUUUCUGCGGGUAGAGUGUUGUUUUUGUAUCAAAAUAUUACAUCAGGGACAGAAGAUGGUAAAGGUCCUGAGAAAAAAUUUCGAGCUACACGAUUCGGUCGUGUUACAAAGUUUUUAGCAAAAGAAGGAGAUGUUGUUCAACCUGGGCAAGUAAUAAUGACAUUAGAAGGAUGUAAACAUCCUACUGUUAUGAAAGAUUUAUGUGCUGAAUGUGGUGUAGAUUUAAGAGUUGAAGGAAUUGGUAAAGAAAAUGAAAGUACAAAAAUAUCACAAGCUAGUGUACCAAUGGUACAUAGUGUACCAGAAUUGAAAGUAUGUCCAGAACUAGCUGAGAAGAUUGGAAAAGAAGAUGAGCAACGUCUUUUGAAUGAUCGUAAAUUAGCAUUACUGGUGGAUCUUGAUCAAACAAUUGUUCAUACAACAAAUGAUAAUGUUCCUCCUCAUAUGAAGGAUGUUUAUCAUUAUCGACUUUAUGGUCCAAAUUCUCCAUGGUAUCAUACUCGUUUAAGGCCUAAUACCCGACAUUUCCUUUUCGAAAUGAGUCGUUUAUAUGAACUGCAUAUAUGUACAUUUGGAGCAAGAAACUAUGCACAUACUGUAGCAGCAUUAUUGGAUAAAGAUGGAACUUUAUUUUCUCAUAGAAUACUUUCCAGGGAUGAAUGUUUCGAUCCUGCCUCAAAAACAGCUAAUCUUAAGGCUUUAUUUCCUUGUGGAGAUGAUCUAGUAUGCAUUAUAGAUGAUAGAGAGGAUGUAUGGCAAGGAUGUGGAAAUUUAGUUCAAGUUAAACCUUAUCAUUUUUUUCGUCAUACUGGUGACAUACAUGCACCUCCAGGAUUAGAAAAGAAUGAUGUAUCAGUUUUACCUGAAUUACAAAAUACAAAUGAACUUUGUAGUGAUGACAGUCCAAGUGAAUCAGAUAAAAAUGGUGCAUCUGAAUUAUCAAAUGAAGGAAGUGUAAUUGAUAAUAAUUCUAAAAAUGAGAUUGGAGAAACAAUUGAAAAUAAGGAAAAUGAAUGUGAGUUUACAGAAAAAGAUGAUGACAGUACCAAAGAUGAUAUCGAAAAUAAUGUUGAUCUAGAUCUUGAUUUUGGUAAUGAGAGUAAAGAUAAUAAAACAGAAGAUGAAGCAAAGGAAAAUUUAAUAACAACUGAAUCAGUACAAGAUAUUAAAAGUGUAGAUAAAAAUCCUGAUGAAAAUAAUAUUACAGAUGAAGAUGAUGAUGAUUAUUUAUUAUAUCUAGAAGAUAUUCUCCGUAGAAUUCAUACUGAAUUUUAUGUUACCAUAGAAAAAGAUGGUGGACGGAAAUCAUUAAGGCAUAUUAUUCCACGAGUGCGAGCUCAAGUAUUAAAAGGAGUACAUUUAACUUUUAGUGGAUUAAUACCUACUCAUCAAAAACUUCAUCAAAGUCGUGCUUUUAAAGUUGCUAGAGCAUUUGGAGCAGAAGUAGCACAAGAUUUGUCUGAUAAAACUACUCAUUUAGUUGCUAUUAGACCUGGUACAGCAAAGGCUAAUGCAGCAAAAAAGAAUUCAAAUAUAAAAAUUGUAAAUCCAGAUUGGCUUUGGACUUGUGCAGAACGUUGGGAACAUGUUGACGAACGUUUAUUUCCACUUACUGCAAAGGGACGUGCUUCUAGAAUACCACCACCACAUUGUAGUAGUCCGGAACGUAUAGAGGAACCAGAAAAAAAUAUAGAAGAUAAUUUUGCUGAUAGUAUUAAUCCGUUAAUGUCAUUCACACCAGAAGAAAUAGAAAUUAUGGAUAAAGAAGUUGAAGAAGAUAUGGAUGAUCAAGAAUUAGAUGUACCUAUCUUUACCACAGAGGAUGUAGACGAAGAAGAAUGUGAUAAAAAAACUCGUCAUAGGGAUUCUGAUUCCGAUGACUCAAUAAAUUAUGAUCGAAGUAAUAUAAAUGAACCAACAAGAAAGAGAAAGAAGCUUUCUAAUGAAAGUUUGAAGAACGACAGUUUAAUAAAUGAAAAAGACUACACUUUGAAUGAUGGUAAUGAUGAUGAUGAUAAUGAUAAUGAUGAUGACGAAGAUGAAGAUGACAUCGACGAUGAUGGUGAUAAUAAUGAUGAAUAUGAUGAUAAUGAUGAUGAUGAUGAUGAUGAUGAUGAUAGGGAUGACGACAAUGACGACGAUGACGACGACGACGACGAUGAUGAUCCUGUAACACGUUUUAGAAGAGGAGAAAACUUACCCGAUGAUUUAGAUUUAGGUGAUAAUUCACAAGAUUCAGUUGAAGAUUUAGAAAUAAUGGAUAAUGAAGAUGAACGGGAAUGGAAUGAAAUGGGAGCAGCACUCGAAAGAGAAUUUCUUUCUGAAUGA